AUGUAUCAGCUAUCGAUACACUGUUUGUUAUUGUACAUAAUCAAUGCAAUGAGAUCGGUGCAUUCAACAUCUUUAUUUAAGUAACCGCUAAAUAUGAUAAGUUUAAAAGUGUGGCAGUUCCCAAAGAGGGCGAAUCUUUGUCUAAGCCGUCAGUACACAACUAAAUCAAAGCGUGUCGUCCUGUCGCAAGACCAGGAUAAAAUAAAAAAUUAUGAACCAAAGACCACUGAUGCUCAUACAAACCGUGUUUAUGUAUGGGGCUUCCAGGAGACUGGCGCACUAGGGCUGCAAACCAAUGUAAAGAAGGCCAAAGAACGCUACACGGAAAUGGUGCAUCAUCCAACGCGUCUGCAGUUCUCGAAUAAUAAUGAAAUCACGGAUGUUACAGCCGGUUACGGCUUUACGGCAUAUGCGGUGAAACGUUCGGAUGGGCAAACCUUGUUUGGUAGCGGGCUUAACACCGACUCACAGCUGGGCUAUCAAGUGAAAGGCAAUAAGAAAGAUCCGGCUAAUUUAGAUGUGAUUAUCUAUCCAACUGCUAUUCAACUGCCACGGCUGCAGGGCGAAACGGACGAGGAUAUGCAAGUGAAGAGCAUGUCAGCAGGUCGAGCACAUCUCGUGGUGCUCACGCAGAAUGGCACUGUCUUCACCAUGGGUAACAAUUCGUAUGGCCAAUGUGGCCGUUCCAUUAUCGAAGAGGAACGCUACUCGGGCAGCGCGCUCAUCAACCGAAUAGCCCAGGCAGAUAUUUGCGGUGCAGACGAUGAGCUUGUGGCUGUGGAAUGCGGGCAGGAUCAUACGAUGCUGCUGACCAAGCUGGGGCGCGUCUACACCUGCGGCUGGGGUGCCGAUGGCCAGACAGGACAGGGCAAUUACUACAGCGCCGGCCAGAUUACGCUCAUUGGUGGCGACAUUGAGAAGGAGCGUAUUGUGCGCAUUGCUUGUGCCUCGGAUUGUGUGCUGGCACUCAACGAAAAGGGCGAUGUCUUUGGCUGGGGCAACUCGGAAUAUGGCCAGCUUGAUGAUUCGGCAGAUGCAGUAACACAGAUCUGCACACCCCGAGCUCUGCAGCUAACCAAGGGUUUGGGCAAAGUCAAGGAUGUAGCAGCAGGCGGUUCCUUUUGCAUGGCGCUCAAUGAUCAGGGCCUGGUCUACACCUGGGGCUUUGGCAUCUUGGGCUUUGGACCGUUUGUGGAACAAACUUCGAAGCCGCAACAUUUGUUGCCACCGUUGUUUGGACGCAACGAUUUCAGCAACGCUACCACUGUGGUUUCCAUCGGCUGCGGAGUCUUUCACAUGGGCGCCGUGAACUCUGACGGAGAUCUGUUUAUGUGGGGAAAGAAUCGUUUUGGCCACCUGGGACUGGGCCAUAAAAAAGAUCAGUUCUUUCCCUUCAAGGCGGCCAUCAAUGGGAAGGCGCUAAAAGUGGCCUACGGUGUGGAUCAUACUAUAGCUCUGUGCCGCCCGCAUAUAUAAAUAAAUAAUUAAACAAAUUGAAUUAAAGAUCACAAAUUCGCGUUUUUAAUACAUUGAAAUCGAUUAAAGAACAUUUAGAUUAAUUUGCUUUUAUCUUUUGGUUUUCUGAUAAUUUUGUUGACAAUUUUCUUUCUUUCUUUUAGCAAAUGUAAAUAGCUGCGUUUUUUUCGUUUUUUUUCCUUUCGAUUUUUCGUUCUAUAUAAAUAUUUGUUUAGCACGCGUACGCAUUGAUAGUUUAUAGAGUUAAAGAGUAUAUAAUAUAAAAUAUGUACUUGGAAUCGAAUGCAGUGUGUAUUUUAUUUUCAUAUAUGUUUUAAGUUGGAUUUGGGUGUUUAUUUUUAUUUCUAAUUUCUUGUUAGGUUUACCCUUUAUUCUCAUAUACAAUAGAAGGUUUGCUGGAAUCCUAGAUCUCUACUACUAAUUCCCUCAGUUACAUUCCAAGCCCAAAUCGCACUCUUCUUUUGUUUUUGUUUUUUUUUUUUUGUUUCUUAGUAUUUGUCACAAUUUCGUCAAUCGCAUUUAAUUGCUUUCUAGGUACAUUUCUUAACAGGGUUUCAUUUUAUGUUAUCUUUAUAUAUGAUUUUUCUUUAUUCUUAACUGAGCUCAACGAGCCAUAGAACUCAUCGAACCGCUUGGCCAAUACAAUACGAUCUGUUAACAGUUGAUAAGCAUGGUUACAUCGAUCUUAAGGAUAAACGCGUGACAAAUUUAGGAUCAUUGAUACGAACACGCACGACCCAACGCGACUUAACAUUGCUAUUUAAAAAACAUAUGGCAUACACAUUACACAAACUAAAUUAAACUAAUUAAUAUUGAAACUUAAAUUUUUAAAGUUAACUCAUUUUUCUUCCGAAAAUCUUUUUUGCUUAAUUUAAAACUGAUUAAAAGGCAAUUGUAAAUUAACUAGA